AUGGAUAUCAAUCUUGGUGAAAUAUUUAUUCCAAAUGAUUAUACCUUAACUGAGUUCAAAUAUCAAGAUAUCGAAAUUUAGAUUUACUCACUCAAUAGCGGAUCAACUGAUUUCGAUCUCACUGGUUAAAUCAUUUGGCCUGCUUCCAUUGAAUUAACCAAAUUUAUCAUAGAUAACAAUCAAUUAUUUAAGGAUAAGAAUGUCCUAGAGUUAGGGGCUGGUGCAGGAUUAUGUGGUUUUGUUGCAGCCAAGUAUGCAAAAAAUGUGAUUAUCACAGAUGGUAAUCAAAUUGUCCAGGAUCUCAUUACUAAAAAUAUUGAGCAUCUUAAAUUAAAAAAUGUCUAAGGAUCAUUGUUCUAAUGGGGAUAUGAGAAUAGUAAGGCAUUUAAAGAUAUUGAUAUCAUAAUUGGAGCUGAUAUCAUCUUCUGGCCUCAAUCUAUUGUUCCUCUAUAUGAGACUGUCAAGUAUUUCAAUGAGUAAAACGAAAAUAUUCAGAUGUUUGUAUCUGGCAUCAAAAGAUAUUAACAAACAGAGGAUGAAAUUGAUAAUUUACUCACUUCAAUCAAAAGACCAAGAGUUUUGAUAAAAUAAAUCAAUGAUUAUAAGUAAAUUGUUUAUAUUUAUAAAUUAUGA